AUGUGUCUUCUUUUAAGGCUCAAGAUGAGUGUAAACCGGCCAUACUGGCUCAAAAAUGCAUCUAACCUCAGACUGGUGAUCUUGGUUCUGUGGUUGGUUUGUUAUGUUGGUUAUGGUCAAUUUGAGGACACACAUGACUUCAACAAUCCGGCUGCUCUUCCCCUCUUUACACAGAUGGUGUACCGUAAGCUCUCCAACAGCACUGCUUCACUUAGCCACGAGCUAGCUACAAGAGCCAAGUUUUGCGUCAAAGACCCGGAUGCUGAUUGGAACAGAGCUUUUAAUUUCUCCACCAACUUGGAUUUCUUGUCUUCUUGCAUUAAGCAAACCCAAGGUGAUAUUGGUAGGCGUAUCUGCACAGCAGCAGAGAUGAAGUUCUAUUUAAAUGCUUUCUUUUUUAAAUCAAGUAACCCUGGUUACUUGCAACAAAAUGGGAACUGCAACUUGACUUCAUGGGUCUCUGGUUGUGAACCUGGUUGGGCCUGCAGCAUCGAUCCAACAGAACAAGUUGAUCUACAAAACUCUACAGAUUUUCCAGAAAGAACAAGAAACUGUAUGUCUUGUUGUGAAGGCUUCUUCUGCCCCAGGGGACUCGCCUGUAUGAUACCUUGUCCUCUUGGUGCCCAUUGCCCUUUAGCUACACUUAAUAAGAGAACAAGCUUAUGCGAACCGUAUACUUAUCAGUUACCAACAGUACGACCAAACCACACUUGUGGAGGUGCAAACGUAUGGGCUGAUAUCAGAAGCAGCGGUGAAGUGUUCUGUUCUGCAGGAUCAUAUUGUCCAACGACCACUCGAAAAGUAGCGUGUGAUAGUGGGAACUACUGUCGUAUGGGGUCUACAUCUGAGAAACCUUGCUUUAAGUUAACUUCUUGCAAUCCCAACACAGCAAAUCAGAACAUGCAUGCAUUUGGGGUUAUGGUUAUUUUUGGUGUGAUUACCAUUCUACUCAUUAUAUACAACUGUUCUGAUCAAAUCCUGACAACGAGGGAGAAGAGGCAGGCUAAAUCAAGAGAAGCAGCUGUGAAGAAAGCUAAAGCUCAUCAGAGAUGGAAAGUUGCUAGAACUGAGAUACGUGCACAAAUAACUCGGACGUUCUCUGAUGUUAAGGAAACUCACAAGAUCUUGGAUCGUGGGUACUCUUCAGAUGUAGGCAUCUCCAAAUAUUCAAGUCCUGAGAGUUCCUCUGCUGUACAAUCUAGCAAUGAGGUCAAGGAUGAUAAAAUCAAGAAAUCAUCUAGCCAAAUCUUGAAGGAUGCAUAUAGUCAGAUCGAGAAGGAGAAAGCCAUGGAACUAGAGAAUAAAGACCUUACCUUCUCAGGAUUAGUUAACAUGGCUACUUACUCUGAGGUGAGGAAGAGGAGGACUCUCAUGGAGCUUUCUUUCAAAAAUUUAACUCUUACAUUGAAAUCUAAUGGUAAGCAUCUGUUGAGAUGUGUGACUGGCACCAUGAAACCAAGUCGUAUCACAGCUGUGAUGGGUCCAUCAGGAGCAGGAAAGACAAGUCUUCUUUCUUCUUUGGCUGGCAAAGCCGUUGGAUGCAGUUUGAGUGGUUUGAUUCUCAUAAAUGGGAAGCAAGAAUCGAUCCAUUCUUAUAAGAAGAUCAUUGGUUUUGUGCCACAAGAUGAUAUUGUCCAUGGAAACUUGACAGUUGAGGAAAACAUUUGGUUCCAUGCUAAAUGCAGGUUACCUGCAGGACAAUCAAAAGGCGAUAAAGUUCUUGUGGUUGAGAGAGUCAUUGACUCUUUGGGGCUACAAGCUGUGAGGAGUUGUUUAGUUGGUACGGUAGAGAAGAGGGGAAUCUCUGGAGGGCAGAGGAAGCGAGUGAAUGUUGGUUUAGAAAUGGUAAUGGAGCCAUCCAUUUUGUUCUUGGACGAGCCUACUUCUGGCUUAGAUAGUGCCUCAUCACAGCUUCUUCUAAAAGCACUCAGACAUGAAGCUCUUGAAGGAGUCAAUGUCUGCAUGGUUGUUCACCAACCAAGUUACGCUUUGUUCAGAAUGUUCCAAGAUCUAGUACUUCUAGCUAAAGGUGGCCUUACUGUUUACCACGGACCAGUCAAGGAGGUCGAGGAAUACUUCUCAGGUCUUGGAAUAAUUGUACCAGAACGUAUCAACCCUCCUGACUAUUACAUAGAUGUUUUGGAAGGAAUUGUGACUGAUUUGAACUCUGAUGUUGGCUACAAAGAGCUUCCUCAAAGGUGGAUGAUUCACAAAGGGUACUCGGUUCCAUUAGAUAUGCAGAACAACAACAGUGCCAAGGACCUUGUAAUGAAUCCAGACGCUGUAAACAAUACGAACUGCAAUGCAGAACAAACAUUUGUCAGAGAGCUGUGGGGAGAUGUGAAUAGUAAUUUCAGAAUGCAUAGUGAUAAGAUAUGGCAUAACUUCUUACAGUCCAGAGAUUUGUCCUGCAGAAGAAACCCUUCUAUCUGGCUACAAUACAAAUACUUCCUUGGAAGGAUAGCUAAGCAGCGAAUGAGAGAAGCUAAGUUACAAGCCACAGACUAUUUGAUUUUAUUGCUAGCUGGUGCUUGUUUAGGAUCACUUAUUAAAGCAAGUGAUGAGAGCUUUGGAGCACCUGGUUAUACCUACACUAUUAUCGCCGUUUCUCUUCUGUGUAAAAUAGCAGCUUUAAGAUCAUUCUCAUUAGACAAGUUACAUUACUGGAGAGAAAGUGCUUCAGGGAUGAGUAGCUUGGCUUGUUUUCUUGCCAAAGAUACAAUAGACUGUUUCAAUACACUUGUCAAGCCAUUGGUUUAUCUCUCCAUGUUCUACUUCUUCACUAACCCGAGAUCGACGUUUUUCGAUAACUAUAUUGUCUUGGUCUGCCUUGUAUAUUGUGUGACUGGUAUUGCAUAUGCAUUGGCCAUCUUCCUCCAACCUGGUUCUGCUCAGCUGGUUUCUGUUCUGCUUCCAGUAGUUCUAACACUUGUCGCAACUCAACCUAAGAAUAGUGAGGCUAUGAAGAUCAUAGCUGAUCUAUGUUAUCCAAAGUGGGCUUUGGAGGCAUUUGUGAUUGGAAAUGCUGAAAAGUACUAUGGAGUAUGGAUGAUCACUCGAUGUGGAUCGCUUAUGAAGAGUGGCUACGACAUUAAUAAGUGGAAUCUAUGUAUAAUGAUAUUGCUUCUCAUUGGGGUGGUCACUCGUAAUAUUGCCUUUGUAGGGAUGCUUAUACUUCAAAAGAAAUGAAGAGAAGGUCUUUACAUAACGGUUGAUAUCUGCUUUUAGUUCUCAGGGCUCUGAGGCUUGGAAGAAGGAGAAGAGUUUAAUGGUUCUGCGUUUGGUUAGUUGGUUACAUUCGAGGACCAAGUUAUAUAUAUAGCUUUCUUAAUUGUGUUAUUUUCAUCUUAGUUCAUUGUCUUAUUAUUAGAGUUACAGACUUUGUUCAGGUGAUCUUUUG